ACUGGGGGAGUCACUCACUCAUUAUUUAUGGCUGGUCAUGAUUUACAAGAAGAAAAAUAAAAUUGCUUUGUGGAACCUCAAACUUGUCAAGGCUGCUGAGGGCCAGGUUGGGGGGUGCUGUCCCCUUUGCAGCCGAAGCCCUGCUUUCUCUGCCCCAGUCUCCUUCUGGCCGUCAGUUCCUUGGGCCCCACCUUUGCCCCAGCUAGAGAUGGCACACAGUGGCACCGUUCCAGAAUGUUCUAGAAUCCCCAACUGUUCUGGAACACGCUAGAAUCUCCAGGCAAAGAGUUGGAACCAGGAUCGUAGCAUUCGGAGGCCUUCGCAGCCUCAGUGGGGCCGGCCCCCGUCCGCCACUCGCCAGCAGGCCUCAUGUGGAUGCUGGCGUUAGGUGGGGUUUUCCUGGCCACUGCCCAGGCCUGUGUCCUCUGCCACCUCUCAGCCCGUGACUUGUCGGGCCGCCUGGCUCAACUCUGCAGCCGAGUGGAGGUUCUGUGGAAGGAUUGUGGGGCCUCCUGGAGCUUCCCGGCCUUUGCCUUAGAUGAGGCGUCCAUGAACAAAGUCAUAGAGAAGACUCACAGAGUCCUGAGGGUCAUGGAGAUCAAAGGGUCUCUCUCCUCCCUCCCCUUGUACUGGCGUUGGCUGCAAACCACCAAGCUCCCCGCGUACACCAGGGAAGCUCUGUGCGCGCCCGCCUGCCCGCUGGUCCCGCUGUGUCCUGCAGGGGGCAGCACCAUCCUGUAUAACUGUUCCACCUGCCAGGAAUUCAAGGUGCGCUGCUGGCCCCGAAAGCGCUGCCUCCCAGGAAGUCACGAUCUUCGGGAAGCCAAGAUUCUGCUCCUCUCUGUCUUGGCAGCUGCCCUGCUGCUGGGUGUUAUGAGCCUCGUGGUGGAGUCCAGUUACAUGGAAGCAGAAAGGACAAGUGAAGACCCGGACAGCCUCCCAGCCUCCUCCAGUUCUAAAGACCACGAUGAAUCCACUUCCCUCGGAGAGGAUCAGCCAGCCCCUUAGUUCCAAUCCCCAAGGUUCAGCCUUCCAGACCCCGAAGCCCAGACGUCCCCACGGUCCCAGUGUCAGAGGGCCGCCAGGGACCCACGCACCGGCAGCUGGGAAGCUCCUCUCCCCGCCCCUCCCUCCCCCAGCCUUCAA